AAUUGUCAAUUUGUCAUCCAAGAUUGCUGCUGCUGAUCACCUGCGGUGACAUCUAACUGCAGAGGCCGGAGUAUCCGAGUGAUCGAGAAGCAGAGAUCGAUGAGCAGGGACCUAUGAUGACCAGCGGCUUGCGGCUGCGGCGCGCUGCUCGGCGUGCGCGGCAGAUGAGCGCGACUGGCCCUCUUUCCACGCACGAGCGCAUGAGCUAUGAGCCAACAGCGCGGCAAAGGCGGACCUCGUCGCCCCGAGGCAGCAUAUAUAGAGCGCACCUGGGACGGCUCGAUGUUGCUCACCGUUGUCCCGUUCCCCUUCUCACUCAUCUCUCGACUUGCUCACACUCCAACUACCCCUCCAUCUUCUUUCACCCACAAUCUAUCUUUCAUCAUGACCGACUACACCUUCCAGGGAUGGGCCGGGUACGGCUUCGACAGCGUCAAGGGCAACAUGAAGCUCAUCGACUUUGAGCCUCCCGCCUUUGACGAGGACUACGUGGACGUCAAGAUCCAGUACUCCGGCAUCUGCGCCAGCGACACGUCGCAGCUCGGUGGCGAGUGGGGUCCUUACAACGGCCCCAUCGUUGGUGGCCACGAGAUCAUUGGCGAGGUCGUUCGCGUGGGUCCCAAGGCCACCGGCGUCAAGGUCGGCGACCUCGUAGGCAUCGGCGCGCAGUGCGACUGCUGCCGCGAGUGCGAGUGGUGCGAGGCCGGCAAGGACAACUUCUGCCCCGACUUUCUGUACACGUUCGGUGUGGGCGGCUACAAGCGCGGCCUGAACAAGGGCAAGCAGCACUACGGUGGCUUCGCGACGCACUGGCGCGGCCCGGCGCGUUUCGCGAUCCCCGUCCCGGCCACGCUUGAUCCCGCUCAGGCUAGCAGUCUCAUGUGCGCCGGCAUGACCGUGUUUGCGCCUCUCAAGCGCUUCGGCGUCCCCGCCAAGCGCUCCGUCGGCGUCCUCGGUAUCGGCGGCUUGGGACACAUGGCGAUCAAGAUCGCCAAGGCCAUGGGCGCCGAGGUGACGGCCAUCUCACGCGGCGAAGCCAAGAAGGCGCAGGCGCUCGAGCUUGGUGCUGACAAGUUCAUCGCUACUGGCCCCGACCUCAAGGCCAGCCUGGCACCCUUCGCCCGCAGCGUCGACAUUAUCAUCAGCACUAUCAAUCCUCCCCAGCUCGACCUCGAGGCGUACGCCGGCCUUGUCAAGCCCGAAGGCACGUUCUGCCUUGUUGGCAUCGUGACCAAGCCGCUCGAAAUCACCGCCACCCAGCUUAUCCGCGGCUGCAUCGCUGUCGCGGGCUCCAACAUCGCUUCGCCCGCCGACAUUGCCGAGCUUCUUCAGCUCGCGGCGGAGAAGAAGAUUGAGCCUUGGGUCCAGAAGUGGAAGUGGGAGGACAUGAACAAGGCUAUCGUACACACCGCCGAGGGCAAAGCCAAGUUCCGCAACGUCAUCGUUCUCGAGCAGAACGGUGGUAAGAUGUAAGCGACAGCAACACAAAAUGACUCGGCGCACCGCACAGGGUGUAGGAGGGUGUAGGUUGAGAGCAAGCAUGGAGCAUGGGAUUGAAGGGCACCUUCUGCUGGAGCAUGUCGAGGCAAAUACAAACAAUGCCGAUGAGGGAGA